GGAAGGCAGUUCACUUACAAAUCCCAUUCCCGUCGGUCUGGCACUCUCACACAAAAGUGUCUCGCUAGUGUCGUUUAAGCCAACUCCUUGUUAACGGACUAAUUGCGUAAAGGCGCGUGUGUUUCUCCUCAAGCAAUCAAAGUGCUCGCAGUUUACGCAGUCGCUUCUCAAGGAUAACAACAAAAAGAUUUAACAAAAUGUUUAGAUUUCUCGCAUUGACCACAUUGGUGGCACUGACUGUGGCUCAGAACUAUCAUCAGGAUCCAAAAACAGCAGCCAUUAUAAGCGAACAACGCUAUCUGUCCGGCGAUGGCAAAUUUGGCGCUGCUUAUACACAGGAGGAUGGCAUUAACUUUAAAGAGGAAACCGAUGCUGACGGCACACGUCAUGGCAGCUACAGCUACGUAGAUCCCUCCGGACAGCGUCGCACCAUUUCCUACACUGCCGGCAAGAAUGGCUUCCAGGCAUCGGGUGAUCAUUUGCCCGUAGCACCGCCAGCACCACCACAGCCCGUGCCCACCUCCGGCUAUCAGCCUCAGCAGCAGUAUCAGCCUCAGUCGCAGUAUCAGCCACAGCAGCAAUAUCAGGCACCUGCUCCACAGUCCUCGUUCCGCAGCAAUGACUAUGGUGAUGAUGGCUCUUAUGAUACUCGCUAUAACGAUCCCUCUUUCGGCCAGUCGCAGCAGUCGUAUCAACAGCCCGCCCAGCCUCAGUAUCGUCCUGCGCCGGCGCCAGUGCAGCCCGCUUAUAACCCACAGCCUGCCUAUCAGCCCGCUCCUGCUCAGCAGCCACAGUAUCAGCCACAGCAGCAGCAAGCUUACUACACCACAACCACGCCUAAUCCUCAUCGCUUCUCACCACCCGGCAAGCUGUCGCUGAACCGCACACCCGAUGGCUUCACUUACUCCUUUAACAAGGUCUAAGCGCUGGAGAGAGAAUCACAUAGAUUGAGCUUGUUUCUAAUUGUAAUUUAAUAUUAUUUCUUUUAAUUUUACACAUUCAACACGAAACACUCUCUCUUUCUCUUUCACAAGCUGUCUCCUUUUCACACACUCUCUCUCUCUUUCUCUAACUUGCCACAUUUGCUUCCACUUUAUUUAACUAACUGCUUUCGUUGUACUGUUCUGAACUUCAUUAAAAAACUCUUUUGUGAUAUGUAUUAGAAACAACAACAAACAACACAAUUGUUAUAA